AUGCUAGAAGAGUCGACCGAGAGGGCUGAUGCUGUUGUAGCGAAGCGUCAGCCUAGAAUAACCCAUCGCACACUGGAACAAUUCCUCAAGACCAUGGACACCACACCAGAAGUUAUCGAUGAGGAAGGCCAACAAACCAACAUGGUGUUGACACCUACUCAACAAUGUUCCGAGACCCAUAAUACCAAACUCCCCACCAAUGCCUCGCGCAUGGUCAUCAAGCCAACAUGGUACGUCUAUGGCAACGCCCUCAACACUGAAAAGUUUGAGGACUGCCUGUACGAUCAGUCAGCCGGUGGCAUCAUUGUAGAUCACUUUGAGCCAUUGGUCAACGAGCCAGACUUGUUCCAACUGUCUAGUGGCGGUCGUAGAAUCCUGGAAACUCCAAACGCAGGCGGCAACUCGGUUUGGUCCGAGGUAUUGUCCUACGAGGUGCUUCACCAGGUGUUUGGCGCCGAACUCAAGAACACAGAGACCGAGAUCCAAUACGUCCCAGGCUCAAAGAUUACCGACUACUCAGUGAUGUUUGACGACCAUCACAUUGGUGUGAGCGUGGUCAGAAUCAUCAACUUCUUUGACCUCAUGGGCAAGAAGUACAAGGCAGUGUUCACUCCAGAGUACGCCAAGCAACUCCUUUAUAAGAAGUUGUUUGGUGUGUUGGCCUCUUCAGAGGCUGUCAUUGACAAAUGGGAGAAGCAGAUUCUCCACAUUUGGACCACAUCCUCUUCCACAGCCGACAUUAUCGUUCAAGAGUACUGGAAGAUUCCCAAGAGGUUGAGGGCCAAUACUCUGGUAUACGUUACCCACGCCACCAACUCUGAAUGGUUGUUCUGA